CGCUUCAGACCCAGUGGGCGCACCCCGAGGCAGAGGCGGCCCCCCUGCGCCCCGAGACGGUUCAGAGGAGGGGAGGUCUCACCUGGAGCUCUGUGUCGGAGCCGCGCGAGCGGGGGAUACCGGUGGAGAGUCAGAGUCUCUGUUGUUCCCAGCCGCACCGCGAGCCGUUGCAGGAGCGGGGCACCAGGUCCCCCCUGCGAUGGCCGCUGUCCGUCCGGGCCCCGCCAGGACCACGUGCGGACGCUGGAGCACCGCUCUCUAGCCGGCCACAGCGCCUCUUUACCCCCGCCUGGCGAUGGGGAGCAGCGGGUCGGCGUUGAGGGUCUGUGCGGACCACCGCGGGGGCAUCAACUGGCUGAGUCUGAGCCCCGACGGGCAGCGCCUGCUGACGGGCAGCGAGGACGGCACGGCCCGCCUCUGGAGCACCGCGGACGGCCAGUGCUGCGCGCUCCUGCAAGGUCAUGAGAGCUAUGUGACCUUCUGCCAGCUGGAGGAUGAAGCCGCCUUCACCUGUAGUGCCGACUGCACCAUCCGGAAGUGGGACGUUAGGACCGGGCAGUGUCUGCAGGUGUACCGAGGGCACACGUCCAUCGUGAACAGGAUCCUAGUUGCAGAUGACCAGCUCUUCAGCAGUUCCUAUGACCGGACAGCACGUGCCUGGACUGUGGACAAAGGGCAAGUGUCCAAGGAGUUCCGGGGCCACCGCAACUGUGUGCUGACACUAGCCUACUCGGCCCCCAAGGACCUGCCCAGUGAUCCCUGCUUGGAGGCCGCCAUGGGUGGCGGGCUGCUAGUGACCGGCAGCACAGACGACACAGCCAAGGUGUGGCAGGUGGCCAGUGGCUGCUGCCACCAGACACUUCGGGGCCACACAGGUGCAGUGCUGUGCCUGGUGCUGGAUGUCUCCAGCCACACGGCCUUCACAGGUAGCACGGAUGCCACCGUCCGUGCGUGGGACAUCCUGAGUGGGGAGCAGCUGCGGGUGUUCCGGGAGCACCAGGGCUCUGUCAUCUGUCUGGAGCUCACAGAGCGGCUCCUGUACUCGGGCAGUGCGGACCGGACUGUUAAGUGCUGGCUGGCCGACACCGGAGAGAGGGUGCGCACGUUCCCGGCCCACAGACACAGCGUGAGUGCCCUCAAGUACCACGCAGGCACCUUGUUCACGGGCAGUGGGGACGCCUGCGCCCGCGCCUUUGACGCCCGGUCAGGAGUGCUGCAGAGGGUCUUCCGAGGCCACAGCUUUGUCAUCAACUGCCUCCAGGUCCAUGGUCAGGUGCUCUACACAGCAUCUCAUGACGGUGCUCUGCGCCUCUGGGACGUGCGUGGCCUCCAGUCAGUGCCACCUUUGCCACGAAGGCCAGCAGCCAAACGCAGCCUGUCACGCCUCUUUAGCAACAAGGUGGCCUGUGCAGCCCCGGUGCCCUUGCAGCCAGCCUGAGUCCCCGGAGAGGAGAUGGUCGAAACCCGUGGCCUGGCUGGUCUGUCAGUGUUCUUGGCUUUCCCAAGCACUCUGCAACUGCAGUGGCCUGUGGCAGAGCACACACCUGCCCUUGUGACCUUUCCUACUGUGGAAGAAGGUGCCCUUCCCUAUGCUCUGAGCCAAGGCCUUCCCACCGGGACACUUGUAGCCACGGCAGGGACUUGAGCCGGCCUGCCUCCAGUUCUGAGUUGAAGCCCAUGCUGCCAGGCCCUCCCUGCUGAGGAAAUGAACUUACAAAAACCAGGUCAGAUUGGCCAGUCAUGUGCCACAACCCCCCCCCCCCCCAGAACUCAAAUACACGUCACUCAAAGUGCUCUGGGUGUCGUUCUUGGUUUGGUUUCCUUUUGGAGGUCCGUUGGCCUGCCACAGCUGUGCCCUCUGACCCCUGGCCUGGGUCAUCUCCCCUUCUGGUUGAGAAGAGGGCUUGUGAACCAAGGUCAUUUAUACAGCAGUGGCCUUGGGAGAGGCCAGGGAGCAAGGAACCUCUUCAACCAGCCUGCUUGGCAGGAGCCCCUGCCUUGGAGUACCCAUCCAUUUUUGGACAUUAAUCCAGGGGUUUUCUGUCAAGGUCUGUCAUUGAACAGCUGGGUAGGACCAUCUGGUCUUGUGCAGAAAUGCCGUACUAUGCCAGAUGUGGUGGAGUCACUGGACACAUGCAGGAGCCACUGGGGGCUGGAGAGAUGGCUCGGCGGUUAAGAGCUUGUACUAUUCUUGCGGGAGUUUGGUUCCCAGCACCCAUGCUGGGCUGUCACAACCACCUGUAACUCUAGUUCAGGUGAUAAAAUGCCCUCUCCUGGCCUCCAUGGUCACCUGCACCCACACUGCACAUAGCUAUACACAACAAAUGCAUAUAAAAUUUAAAAGUAAAAAUAAACCCUUUUUCUAUUAUCUGUUUAUUGAGAUAGGGGUUCUCUCUGUAGCCCUAGCUGUCCUGGAACUCACUCUGUAGACCAGGUUGUACUUGACCUCAGAGAUCAGCCUGCCUCCACCUCCCUAGUGCUAGGAUGAAAGGCAUGUACCACUACAACCAGUGUCUCCCCCCACCCCUUAUUUAAACUGUUAUUUCUGCUAUAGAGAAUCCUGCCAGAAGUGGCAGAAAGGAUGGGUGCCAGCUGGGAACCUCCCUCAGUCUGGAGUCUGCGACAGGUUGCUGUGUGGGUUUUCUUAGGAAAACACUAUUUUACAUGGUGUUCUUGGGGAAACACCAGAAUAUUUUGCAUGACCCAGCACAACCCACUGGGUUUUUAUUUCAAUAGCAUAGUGACCUUGGCUUGAUGUUGAGGACAUGAGGAUGCCCCACACUCACUCCUUUCCCAGCACCUGUGGGUGUUACUGUUCUGUGUGUUACUGUUGAAUGCUGAGCCACACCAGAACAGGGAGUGUAUUUCAGUGGUAGAGUGCUUGCUUGGCCUUUGAGAGGAAGGAAGCGAGUGUCUGUGACAUAUGUUCAGUUGGCCAAAGGAAGGAACAGAACUUUCUACUAGAUACCUGGCCAGGAAGACGGAGAGGUAUGGCAGUUUUACCAAUGCAAGACAAUUUCAGGUGAUGUGAAGUGACAUCAGGCCAAGGCCAGCACAUCACUGCAGAGCUUCAGGCUGACUUCAUCCCGCAAGCAUGCUCUCUGCUGCCCUGGUCCUCCCACUCUGGGUGCUCUGACACCUCUGGCCAGGUCUCCACCUGCUAUCGGGGCCCUGCAGAGUCUCAGCAGGCUCUUCAUCCUCUUCCCAGCACUCCUGGUGCACCCAGAACCUUCUCCCAACUCAUGGGUCACUCACUUGUCCCUCCCCUCACCCUGUCCGUAACAACAUCUGUGUCUACUCUGGAAUAUUCUGACUCUUAAGGAGAAUCUCUCUCAACCCCACUCUGGUGGUUGCUAACCCCCCUGCUUCAUCUCUCCCCUAUGGCCGCUACCCAAGGGCAUCUUGCUGGCUCUGCUUGCCCAUGGCUCACCCUCACACAUGCAGUCAGGGCCUGCUGCCAUGGCAGUGACGUCUUGGCUUCCGGUGUUCUCCACCAGCAUUUAAACAGUAGGGAAUCCAGAAAGUACAGCUGGCACCAUGCCCAGGACGGUGCCUGGUUGGCCAAUAGUUUCAAGGUAAGUCCCUCUGCCCCGCACUUGUGAAGACACACACUCUGGUGGCUGCUUCACGGCCCCUCGCAGAUUCUCUCCUUCCUGGUCAUACCUGAACCCUGCUGAUGCUGGAGGCGUGACCCACACAGGCCCAACAAGGGCCCUGUUGCAGAGCCACACUCCAACCUCUAGGCUGCUUGAGGGCAACACUGCACUCACUCCCAACACACAGAAUGGAAUGGUCAUUGACCAACUAGGAAGCAACUCACUGCAGCUAGGCCAAAGACAUUCAUUUGCAUUCUCCAUGUUUAUUUCCAUCAGUAUCAUCUACUUCCAAAGAAUAGCAAGGGGGGCAACACGAUGAUUCAUCAGGGAGUGGGGCUUGCCACCAAGCCUGACAACCUGAGCUUAGUCCCUGGUACCCACAUGGUGGAAAGAGAACAAAUCCCCACACGUUGUCUUCUGAACCCCCAGACAUGUGCUAUGGCAUGUUUUCCCAUCCCCCACACAAUAAAUAUGUGUAAUUAAAAAAAA